AUCAUUCUCAGGAAGGUAUUUGCAGUGUCUUGCUAUUUCUACGUACUUAUCCAGGUCUAAAGGCGCCAUGGUCACAACACUACACAGCAGAAAGAUGCUAAAGGAGUUAGCGGGCUAGCUAAUUCUUUCCUUCCCGUUCUUCUUCUUCUUCUUUUGGUUCAGUGACGCGCGGAGACAAUUAAAGGCUCACCAGCUCAUUAGCGCCCCCUGCUGGACGGACACGGUUUGAAAAUGUCAUCGGGGAUCCCUUCAUCUCUCCGUGAUCUCUCCUCUUCAUUUUCAAGUUUUUCAAAGUAAAAUAAUAACAUCCGCCAGACGUUCCCUCUGCUGUCAGUCUGAGGCUGUUCCUACAAAGAACCUGAAGAGUGUUCCCUCCGGACAGAGAAGCAGCUGCUCUGAUUACACCGCUGCUACGAAUCAGAGGAGGAAACUCCACAGCAGACAGAGGAUCAUUGUUCUCCAGACCGGCUGUGGUUAACCUGUGGAGGAGAAGUCUGGUUAAGGAUCACAUAGGAGUUGAGUAAAGUGCUGUGUUUGGAAUGAAAUGGGUUAAACGCAGCAGUGCAGCUGAGCCGACUCGUAAAAGUGUCAUUAAAGGAGGACAAAGAAAUCCGUCUGCAGGCUAUAAGAUCCCCUGCCGUCAUUCAUUCCUUCACACUCUUCCUCCUCAGCGGCAGCCUUCACUAAGCCUCCUCCUCCGUCUGCUCUGCUUCACUGUGUCUGUGCCAGCCUGCGUCUCAGCAACAAGAUGAUGUUCUGCAGCAGCAUCUUGGCUUUGCACCUUUUUCUCUGUGUUCACUCUCUGCCUGCACAUGACCGGAGAGCCGUCAGCAAGCACAAGCAGCUGCAGGGAUGGGAUCACAGUAGCAGCCAUGUUGGUCUGAAGAAGAGGGGGAGACAUGAACAGGACACGCUGAACAAAGACUUCCACAUGAAGACUGUUCUGGUGUCCAAAAAUGACACAGAGUUCUGGAAGCGUCCUCGCUGUGGGGUCCCAGACUAUCCCAACUUAACGCAGAUGGGCCUGUCGUACUUCAACCUGAAGAAGAAGAAGGGAGGCCUGAGCCGACAGCAGCGUAAGAAGAGGUUCGCUCUGUUUGGAGGACGAUGGGAGAAGAAUGAGCUCAGUUACAAGAUUCUGCGUUUCCCGUGGCAGAUGAGUGAUGAUAAAGUUCGGAGAGUCCUGCAGGAAGCUUUUAGUGUGUGGAGGGACGUGACUCCUCUAACCUUCAGAGAGGUCAUCACGGAGAAAGCUGACAUCAUCAUUGACUUCAACAGGUACUGGCAUGGGGACAGCUUACCUUUCGAUGGUCCCGGAGGAAUUCUCGCCCACGCCUUUUUCCCCCGGACACACAGACAAGGAGAGGUUCACUUCGACUACGACGAGCACUGGACAUUUGGGAAUGACGUUGGCACUGACCUCCUGCAGGUGGCAGCUCAUGAGUUCGGUCACGUCCUGGGCCUGCAGCACUCCAUGGAGCUUGAUGCUGUGAUGAAUCCUUUCUACAGCGACUCCUACCCUCUUCAGCUGAGCGAUGACGACAGGAGGGGCAUCCAGUAUCUGUACGGCCCGCCUCAGCAUGCGUCCCCUGACAUCACAGAGACCAACGAGAUUGACUUUGGAGUGCCGGAUGCCUGCAGGUCGAGCUUUGACGCUGCCUCCAUGAUCAGAGGAGAGCUGUUCUUCUUCAAGUCCCGGUAUGUUUGGCGUAUUCGUGAUGGGCAGCUACAAGCCGGCUACCCAGCCUUAGCUUCACGCCACUGGAGAGGCAUUCCUGACCGCAUCGAUGCUGCGUAUGAAGACAGGACCGGGAACAUCUGGUUCUUCCAAGGUGAUACCUACUGGGUGUUUGAUGCCGAGAGGAAGAUCUCAGGCCCAGAUUCGGUGCAGCAGCUGGGUCUUCCUGUAACAGACAUCCAAGCAGCUCUGAAGUGGGAACAAAACCAUGUGGAGAAAGUCUUCCUCUUCAAAUCCGCCACAUACUGGUCCCUCGACUCACAGCAGAACCGCGUGGACAGUGUCCAUCCGUUCAGCAUCCACGACUGGGAGGGAGUGCCCAGCCGGAUCGAUGCAGCCUUUAGGGACGGAUACGGUUACGCCACGUUCCUGAGCGGACGGAACUACUGGAAAUUUGAUCACGUGGCGUUGAAGGUGGUCGAUGGAUACCCUCGAAGCAUCGGCAUGGACUUCUUUGGCUGCUCAGCCUGAACAUCUGAGUUCAGACCCAAACGGCUGCUGCAAAGAGCUUUGGUUUGAUUUUCAGCUUCAUUCCCUGACAAACACUCUGCUCAGCUCUUAGAGCUCAUUGAGACAACUGAAAAUACCCCGAAUAUUACAACAAACUCACGCCGAAGCCUCUGAGUGAGAGUUUCAUUACUUUACUUCCAUACACACGUUGAGAAAUGGUCUGUUUGGUUAGUUAUAGGCACCAAAAAUACUUCUUUAGUUUUGGAUUGGGUUAAAUUAGGCAUGCUUGUUGCUGGUUAGAUCACACACCUACGUGACGUUAAAAAUAUCACUUUGAUCAAGUACAUUUUGGAAAUUUGACCCAGCUGGGUCUGACUGAUCCAUUAACCCUUAACACCUCUCUGAAUGGACCUCUUCUCUUCCUCUACUGUCACCUGUCCUCAGCCUCCUCACCUGUAAUAGAAGUUUCCUCACAUGAUCAGUGUUUCCCACACAGAGACGACACCUGGGCGAGUUUGUUUUCAGCCGACCAUUUUUACGUGUUUGUUAAGCAUUUAUACGAUCUCCUGUUGCUCUCUGCCACUUGGGUCUGCUCAUCUGCAGCACCUGACACAAGCUCUGCAGGUGAUCAGAGAGAGAGAGAGAGAGAGAGAGAGAGAGAGAGAGAGAGAGAGAGAGAGAUCCUUCACGACGCCCCUCCUGUUAAUGCACUGAUUGAAGUGCAACAUCUUUUGUUAAAUAUGAACCUUAAGGUGCUUUUCCACCAGAACUUGUUCCAGGAACAUCUCUCCCAGGAACUAACUCAUGUGACUCAUUGUUGUCUGCGUUUCUACUGAGGCUGUUUCAUUGAUUUCAAGCAAAAAAUGUCAGAGAUAGAGCGGUGUUCCAGUUUAAAGAGCGACCUUGUUACCUGGAGACUCUAAGCCUGAUGCAUCCCUCACAAACGUCUUUAGAUGAUCAUUAAAUAUCUGAUGAGGAUAUUUGGACAUUUAAAUAAAAACUAAACUAAGAUGCAUUCCAGAGGAUUCCUUCUGUGUUUCAACAGCUGUUGGAAACUCCACAAACACUGACACGUUCAGCUGAAGGUCUCCAGUUUACAGGGUCACUCUUCAGACUGUAACACUGGGAGCUGACAGAUGCAUUCACACUAUCAGGCUCAGAGAAGACCAAUGUUCAGGAGUUAUUAAACCAAGUGAAUCACAGGUGUGUGUGAUGUUGUGGACGGAGGGAGAGAUAAAAACACUGAGGGUACUCUACCAAUCAGAAAAGUUCUGCAUUGCAGGCCCCGCCCCUAAAGUUCCUACCCCAUAAGCAGGGAUUUUUCAAGUGAAAAUAUAGUUCCCAAAAAGGGAAAGUUCCUGCGGUCGAAAAGCACCUUUAUGUGCAGCUGUCAUCCUGCACUAACUUAGUUUUGAAGCACUGCGUCAUUAACAAGUCUCAUCCACACGUGGAUCCGCUGUUGUGAGAACAGAUCAUUAAGUGAAACACUUAGAAAGAUGAUUUAUUGGACAUCUUUUUUAAUGCGUGCUGCUGAGAAUCCCCCUCUUCGCCCCUCACCUUCCUCAGGUACAGCAUCACUAUGGGAAACACUGAUCCUGGCUCGACCUCUAACGUUGUAUUUUUGGUGCUGAGUUGGUUCUAGUUCACGUGACCGAUCUGGUCUGAAUAUACAGGUGCUAUUUAAGGUUCUGUAGGCAAUGUAACCAGUACCUCAUUUAUUACACAAAUGAUCAAUAUCUUUAUUUUUAAUUACACAUUGUACUCAUGGUGCGUCUUCAUAGAGCCAUAAAAUGUUCUCAUCGUCUGUUGGAGAGCUUUGUUUCAGUCCUCUGGUUUUCAUCAUCAUAAAGAAAGAGACGAGUCUUUGGUGGUCUGACAUAAACCACGUGACUCAGUUCAGAGACGUGAUUCGGAUUUCUACGACGGUUUGAUUCACUGUUAACUUUGAUAUUGUGUUGUUUGUGUUUUUGAUGUUGCUGUCUCUAAUCAGUGCAGGACAUUGAUUGUGCUCUAUCUUGUAAAAUAUGUUGUGAUGUGCAGAAAGUUUAAAGUUGAAGCAUGUCAACAUAAGAUCCACUCUGAUGUACUACGCUCAACAUAAACUGAUCUGUCUGCCUUUAUAUGCAGGUUCUUUUGUGAAGUUCUGUCACGUUUAAUGUUUUUAUGGAACAAAAAUUUCAAAAUAAAAGUCUUUUUUGUA